CCCGGUCCCCACUUCGGGAUCCUGAAGCACGGACAGGGGAGAGGAACCGCUUCGCCUCCUUGCAGGAUUUUUUUGUUUGUUGAAUUUUCCCAUUUUGUUUUCCGCUGAAAAGAACGCCGUUUCCCCGAAUGCCAACGACUUGUCUGGAUGGUCUACCACUCACAAGGGAAAAGAGAGAGCCGGGAGUGAUGAGAUGGUGCCCGUGAAGGAGGAGAUGGGGUCUUUGGAAGUCAACCGCGCUGUGGCCUUUUGUGUUCCAUUUACCAAGGAUGGAUGUGUGGGGUGAUCAGUUCGUUUCAUUCUCCGGCUGAAGUGUCUGUUUCUUGUCUGGAAUUGGCCGUGUGGUUGUUCUGACAACGAGAAGACAGCGUACACUGCAGCGUGGAGCUUGAAUAUAUAUGGUGGUGGUUGAGCGCCUGGGGUUUAAAGCGUCCAGGAAUUUCAUGUGGCACGUCACAUUGCAUUAAGUUUUACCUUUGAAGCUCUCUAGAUCUUGGAUCUCUGACAGUUUUUUGUCUUUUUAUCGGGAGUGCGUUCUUGGAGACACAGAGGCUUGGUUUACUUGGAUUACCCUGCAUUUACUGCUCUCGCCAGUGGAACGGAUUAUCUGAGCUGCGAGAGUGUUCCAGUAUCCCAGUGGGGAGAGCAAAAAGGGUGGAUCAGAGCUCUUCCUGUCAGGCCACGAGCCAGGUGGAAAUAUGGAUGUUCCACGCUCCAGUGGGGUCCACAAAAAGAGGAAGUCCCGCUCGGAGCGGGACCGGGAGAGGAGGGGCAACGGAGGAGGGGUGGUGGUGAGGAGGGGGGCUGCUGGAGCUGGAGGUGCAGCCUUGCGCUUCUCCUCCGACUCGGAUGGGGAGGACAGCACCAACCCCCCCUCCACCGCCUCCUCGCGCCCUCGUCCUCCCAGGAGGAAGAGGAAGGAGUCCACCUCGGCUGAGGAGGACAUCAUUGACGGCUUCUCCAUCUCGGGAUUCAUGACACUAGAGGCUCUGGAGAAUAUGUCACUGAAGCCGCAGGAACGCAAGGGCAGUGUGGCGGGGCCCCUCCAUAAGAAGAGGCCAGGCCGGGUUCCCAACGGCCUCACCCUGGACACCCGCAAGGACUCCCACUUCAACCACCACAACCACAACCACAACAACACCACCACCACCAAUGGCAGCAGCCACACCAACCACACCAACCACACCAACAGCCUCCACAACCAUAGCAAACACAACCAUGUGAACCAUCAGCACUCCGACCAGGAGAACAACCCCCACCUGGCCCCCUCCCACAAGAAGAAGAAGCUGCAGCCCAAGAAGCAGCGACCGUUGAAGCCGGGCCAGAACAACUGUAAGGACAGUGACAGCGAGAGCAUCAGUGGGGAGUCCAAGCCAUCCAUCAGGAGCAGCUCCCGGGACAGGCUCACAGAUUGUGACAGCGAGACCGACCAAGAAGACAAGGGUUCCGAUGCCGGCUCCGAAAAAUUCUUCAGCACCGCUGCAAUUAAAGUUCCAGACUUUGGCGUUAACUCGCUCCCCACCAAUGCCAGCCAGGAGCGGCGCGGCCUGGGCGUGCCGGCGGUCUCAGGCCUAGAGCGCAGCCAGGAGAAGAGCCAGGACAGCGGGAGCCAGCGGGAGUCCUCUCUACCUCCCCCUCCACCACCACCACCACCACCUCCUCCUCCACCUCCACGACCCACGCCCGCCGUUCCCCCCUUCCUCCCCUCUGCGGCAGCACCGGGCACCAACACCCCACAGCUCAAGCCCCCUGCACCGGUGCCACUGAAUCUACCACCCAGAGUGCACAGACACCAGCACCCCCACGCGCAUCCACACGCCCAUUCGCACCCGCACUUGCACCCACACCCACACCCGCACCCACACGGUCACAACCUUCAGCCUCCACUUAAACUGAGGCCCGUUGGUCACGCUGCUCCAGCCGUCCCCUGCUCUGCGGCCCAGAGCGUCCAGAAGCAUCACCCCUACAAUCACCAGCAGAACAACCACCACCACCCCCACCACAACCACCACAAUCAUCACCCGCUCCAGCAGCACCACCAUCCCAACCACCACCAGGCAGUGCGCCGCCCCUCGCCCCCUCGGAGGGCUCCCUCGUCGCCCGCCACCGCCACCCUGCCUCUCGCCCAGGGCCCCGAGCCGUCCCAGGCAGCGCCCCCGCCCCCGCGGCCGCAGCUCCCGCCCGAGCCGCCCUCCCCCGGAGGACACUCCCACCCCCACCCGCACUUGAACCUGCACUCGCACCCACGUCCGCCCCCCACGCCGGGCCCCCAGCACCACCCACCCUCCUCCCCUGCCCUGCCGUCGGGUCACCAGGGACAGCCGCCCUCGCGCUGCCAGCCCCAGCACCAGUCCCAGCACCAGUCCCAGCCCCGGGCACUGCCAGCUUACGGAGGUGGCAGCAACCUGGGCAUCAACGGACUGAGCAGCAGUAGGAGCAGCACUCCAGGCAAGUCCCAUAGUGGAGGAGUCCCAGCACCCCCACCUCCACCUCCACCUGCUCCUCCAGGACCAGCUACGUCCCAGGCCCAGGCCCAGACCCAGGCAUCUCCCCAGCCCCAGCCCCAGCCCCAGCCCACAGCCCCAACCCACCUGCCCUCCUCGGUGGCGCACCCACCCGGGACCCCCACUGGAGCAGCCGGAGCCGGAGCCGGAGCCUCAUUCCCCCCGGGCCCCCCGCUGCCGCCGCCGCUGCCGGCGGCCAACCCUGCGGCGCCGCACAGCUUCCCCACCACCGCGUCCCCUCACCACCCGCACCACCACCCACACCACCCCCCCAGCAUGUUCGCUCCCCCCGCCGCCCUGCCCCCACCGCCGCCUCUGACCUCCAGCACGCUGCCCGUGCCCGCCGGGCACCCCGCGGCCGCCUCAGCAUACUCAGAGCAAGACUUACUGAGGCAGGAGCUGAACACGCGCUUCCUGGCGUCGCAGAGUGCGGACCGCGGUGCCUCGCUGGGUCCGCCCCCUUACCUGCGCACCGAGUUCCACCAGCACCAGCACCAGCACCAGCAUCAGCACCAGCACACGCACCAGCACCAGCACACGCACACCUUCACGCCCUUCCCCCACCCGGCCAUCAUGCCCACGCCUGCACCGCCCAUGGUGCGUACCCCAGCCAGAAAUUUUGACAAAUACCCGACUAAAGUCGAUCCCUUCUACAGGCACAGCCUGUUCCACUCCUACCCACCCGCCGUGUCUGGCAUCCCCCCUGUCAUCCCCCCCACCGGGCCCUUUGGAUCUCUCCAGGGUGCCUUCCAACCCAAGACGUCCAAUCCUCUUGAUGUGGCUGCCAGGCCGGGGGCACUACCACACACCCUACUGCAGAAGGAUCCUCGGUUGACGGACCCAUUCAGGCCCAUUCUCAGGAAACCGGGGAAAUGGUGUGCCAUGCACGUCCACAUCGCCUGGCAGAUAUACCAUCAUCAGCAGAAGGUCAAGCAGCAGAUGCAGGCCGACCCGCACAAGCUGGACUUUGGGCUGAAGCCGGAGUUCCUGACGCGGCCGCAGGGGCCCAGCCUGUUCGGAGCCAUCCACCACCCCCACGACCUGGCACGCCCCGCCACACUCUUCUCAGCCGCAGGUGCCACACACCCCUCAGCCACACCAUUUGGCCACCCGCCUCAUCACCAUGGCAACUUCCUGACCCCGGCGCCACACCUAGGUACGCCGCAGCCGUUUGGUCGGGCGCCUACGUUUGGAGGUCUGGGAGCACUAAGCACAGCAGCCUUCGGUGGCCUCGGCAACCCCGCCCUCAGUAAGUUUCUACUCACAGCGUCCAACUCAGUCUUCGGCCACAAGGAGGCGCCAAACGGACAGCCGUCCUUCGGAGCUGCUGGUCAGGAGCCCUGGAACAGGCUUCAUCGUACGCCGCCGUCUUUCCCCACGCCGCCCCCCUGGAUCAAGCCCGCCGGAGACUCGGAACGCAGCGCCUCGGCCAGCUCUCACGAGCGGGACCGAGACAGGGACAGGGACCGCGAGUCGGACAACAAACGCGACUCGUCUGCAAGCAAGGAUGACAAGGACAGGGACAGUGUAGAGAAGCGCCAUCCCAGCCACCCGUCGCCCAUCCCCGUCAACCCCCUCACCCUGCUGGGCCACAACCGGCCGCCGGAGCCUCCCAGGAACAACCACCAGCCCCCCACCUCGGACCUCCGCGACAAGGACAAGGAUAAGGAGAAAGAGCGCGAGAGGGAGAGGGAAAGGGAAAGGGAACGCGAACGCGAGAGGGAGCGCGACCACCGCGACUCCUGGAAAGACUCAGGAGGAGUUGGAGGAGGCGGAGGAGGAGGUGGGCUGGAGGAGCACAAGCUUAAGGAGAACCACCACAACCACAACAACCAUCACCACCACCACCCACACCACCCCCACCACCAGGGCGGCGAUAAGGAGCCCACGCCCAUCAUCCACGACGGCCGCAUGUCCACGGAGGAGAAGCCCGUGGGCCGGGUCACCACCUCCCCGUACAUGCACCGGCACGGAGGCGGUGUGGUGGGGGUCGUCGGUGGACCCCUGGACCGCGUCAACGGCGGCCUGACCCAGCGGGAGAUCAUGGAGAAGAAAGCGGAGGCGCUGUACGCUGUGGAGGCGCAGAAGAAGAACCAGGAGGUGAAGGUGAAGGAGGAGCGCAAGGAGGAGCAGGAAGUAGGAGGUGGUGGAGGAGGAGGAAGUCGGGAGAGGACGCCUGACCACCAUCACCACCACCCUGCACCACCACCUCCUCCUCCACCACCGUCACACUCACACCCCCACCAGCCUCCGCACACGCAAGCCCAGCCGGGAGCGCCGCCCAUGCCCCAGCUGCACCCUGCGUCCUCCGUGCCCUUACCCAUGGGCAUGGCCGGCGUGCACCCCAUGAACAGCAUCGCCGGCCUGGACAGGACUCGCAUGGUGGGGCCCUUCAUGGGCAUUAGCCCCAUCCCGGGGGCCGAGCGCUUCCCCUACCCGGCCUUCCACUGGGACCCCAUGCGGGACCCGUACCGGGGCCUGGACAUCCACCGGAGGGACCACCCUCUGGCCAGGGACCUGCUGCUGCGCAACGACCCGCUGCACCGACUCGCCGGGCCGCGGCUCUACGAGGCCGAGAGGUCGUACCGGGACCGCGAGCCGCACGACUUCAACCGGGAGACGCACGCGGCGGCGGUGGCGGCGGCGGCAGCCGCGGCGGGGCUGAGCCUGGAGCAGAGGCGGGACCACGAGCGGCAGAUGGACGAGCGCGAGCGUCUGCACGCGCUCCGUGAGGACUACGAGCACGCGGCGGCGGUGGCCGCGGCGACCGCCGCCAGACUCCACCCUCCGCCCGUGCACCAUCCGGCCUUGGACUCCCACCACCCGCACCUGGCCCACCCAGGCCUCAUGGGUCCUGGAUUACCCAUCAUGCACUACCCCCGCGUUAGCCCCGCAGCCGCCGCGGCUGCAGCAGCGAAUGCAGCCGCAGCAGCAGCAGCCGCGCACCACCAGAACGGCCUCCUCAACAAGACCCCUCCCACGGCCUCGCUCAGCGCCCCCCCGCCCCUCAUCUCCUCGCUGGGUGGCGCGCGGCCCGGCUCCCCCCGACGGACUACCCCCUUGGGCACGGACCUCAGAGACAGACCGCCCUCGCACACACACAAGGACAUCGAGGCACGAUGAAAGUGUACACACAUGUAGAGACACACACACACACACAGACACGCACACACUCACACAUGCACACACGUGCCCUGAGAUCUGUGCCUGACAGACUAUUAUUAUGGAACUCAAAGCAAGCACUUAAGCCCCGGGCAGACACAGACAGACAGACAGACAGACUAAUGAGACUGUAUCAUACCUGUGUAUAUUGAAUUUCAACCGGGAGACAGAGGCUAACUUACUUACGUGACCUUUUUCCCCCUUUUUUUCUGUUUCGUUUUGUAAACAAUGGGGGGGAGGGGACAAUCCUCUACAAAAUACCGGACAAUUGACUUAAACAGCUGAGAUUUUUUGCAUACACUUUAUCCUAUUUGCUCCUGCUUUUUGUGUGUACUUUCUGCGUUUGUACAGACACCUGCUCCAAAAAAAAAAAGAGUUCAAGACUGAGAGAGUUUUUGGUCAGACAAGGGACAGACAAGGGAACAAUGUUCUCCCAUCCUCCUCAAACACUUUUUUUCGUGGGAAUGUACAGCUGCUUCAAUUACAGAAAAGGUGACAAAAAAUGUGUAGAUAACAAUGUGUAUUGUUCAACGUGCUCAAUCUUCACAGCUCUCAAAUCAUGGUGCAAAAAAUAUGCAAAAAGGGUGUUAUGAAAGCUUUACUUUGAACAAAAAAAUGUACAUACAGUAAAAGGAUGUGAUGAUGACUGAAGUGCAGAAUGUUCUGUUGUGUUCCACGCUGGGGCUUCUUUUUUGAUCAGCAAUGGCCGUCGCUGGUAUCAUGUUUCCAUGGGAACAGACAUGGUCCUUCCUGAGACAGUCAGAUAGUCCAUGUCCUCCACAGCCCUCUGUCCAGUCCACUACAUAGCUCUACAACUAUGCAACACGUGGGAUCUCUCUUUACUCUCUCUCUCUCUCUCUCUCUCUCUCUCUCUCUCUCUCUCUCUCUCUCUCUCUCUCUCUCUCUCUCUCUCUCUCUCUCUCUCUCUCUCUCUCUCUCUCUCUCACCUUGACUGUACACCCUCUGUUCUCUGCACUCUCUCCACAACCUGGACAUCCCGUGAAGUUGAGAAAGCAAACUUGUGCACAAAAGAAUAUUCAAAUCAUGUUUCUUCUUGGACUUGUUUUUUUGUGCUGACAAUCUUUAUGAUUAUGAUUUAUAGAGGUCUAUUUAUAUUUUUUAAUUCAUUCGUCUUCAACCACCGAGUGCAUCAUAGAGAAUAUUUCCUAUGGGCUACAUCUUGUUGUGUUGUGGAGGGAAUGCAAAUCGAAACACCACCAAAACAAACACCUUUUUUCCCUCAGCGCGAAAGAGUGUAAAGUAGGUGUCUGGCAACAAUGGAAAAAAAGUAGUUCCCGUUGGUCUAACAGUCUGUUAAAGUGCUAUCCUAAGCUGUUGUAUUUACAAAACUAAAACAAAAAAAGACAAAAAAGCUAGAAGUCUAAAGUGUGGACUAGUUGGUUUUUAAAACAGGCGGAGAUCUAUUUUAGAAGUCCACAGGGUGGCUUAGUUGUGCGCUUCAAAACUCUGUGAGAUUCAGAUGUUGUGCAGUGUUUUUUUAAUUAAACAUUUAAAAAAAAUGUUCACAGGAGCAGUAGUGAUUAGUCAAUGCGUAUUGCAAAGAGAUUGUUAACAAAAAACUUUUUUUGCUGUUUAUCAUGUAUGUAAAAAAAAAUGAAGUUCUUUCUAGAUCAUGUACAAAGCCACGCAAAAGGUGAAGCGACUGAAUCUUCAGCAUGCUCCUCAUUUAAACUUGUGUUAUGUAAAUUGUGCCAUGUUAUUAAAAAA